GGUUUCCGCGCGAAAAGACGGCCCGCGCUCCCGAACCCGCUCAUAGCAUCCCGGUCCGGCAGCAGCUCGACACAGCAGCUCCCGCUCAGCUCAUGACAGGGCGCCCGAACUUUGUUUUAACCUGCUUUUAAACCCAGUUGUUUUGUGUGUGUGUGUCACGUUUUUAGUUAGCCGUUCACAAUGCCAUCCAGGACGUCUCUGUGUCUGCCAGACGAUGUCAAGAAAAGGCUGCAGAUGCUGGAGGAGGAUGGCUCUUCAGAGGAGGAUCAAGUGAAAGAGAAGCUCAAGUUGGUGCAGGACUUCCUGCAUGAUGAUGCUCAGGAUCAACUGUCCAGCCUCGAGAAAAAAAUGAAAAGUUCAGAGAUCUCAGUGGAGGUCUACAUCUCAAAAGUGAAGACCUUGUUGGGUAAAGAACUUCAUCUCGAAAAUGGUUCACAUCUCGAUGACGUGGAACAGAAUGGAAAAGCGAAUGGCUUCAGUAAUGGCUCCCAUAAAGACGAGCAGGAUGAUGUAGCCAUGGGCACACAGGAAGAUGAAGAUGCUUCUGUUAAGUCGCCAACUGCUUCCAAAGGGAAGGGUGGGCGAAGAAGCAAGGGGAACACUGAGACUAAAAAAUCUCCAGCCAGCACUAGAGUUACAAGAAACAGUGGGAAACAGCCAACCAUCUUGUCAAUGUUCUCUAAAGUUCAAAAACGCAAGUCUGACGAGUUGACUGAAGAAGCUGCCAAUGGAAAAGAUGAGGUGAAGAAAGAAGAAGAGGAGGUCGAAGAGUCUCGGGAGGAGAAGCGUCUCAAAGUGGAAUCGGAUGCUAAAACUGUUCCGGAGGAGGACAAGAGUGAGGCCGUUAAACCAGUCGCUGCUGCAAAGACGGCACCCCCCAAAUGUACAGCUUGCAGACAGUACUUGGAUGACUCAGACCUGAAGUUCUUUCAAGGGGAUCCAGAUAACGCUCUUGAUGAACCAGAAAUGUUAACAGAUGAGCGUCUCUCACUGUUUGACUCAAAUGAAGAUGGAUUUGAGAGCUACGAUGAUCUGCCGCAGCACAAGAUCACACAUUUCAGCGUGUAUGAUAAACAUGGUCAUCUCUGUCCUUUCGACUCUGGACUGAUUGAGAAGAAUGUGGAGCUUUAUUUCAGCUGUGUUGUUAAACCCAUCUAUGAUGACAAUCCUUCCUUUGAUGGUGGGGUUCCUGCCAAAAAGCUUGGACCAAUCAAUGCCUGGUGGAUCACUGGCUUUGAUGGAGGCGAAAAAGCUCUCAUUGGUUUCACUACAGCUUUUGCAGAUUACAUCCUGAUGCACCCCAGUGAGGAAUAUGCUCCUAUUUUUGCACUGAUGCAGGAGAAAAUCUAUAUGAGCAAGAUAGUGGUUGAAUUCCUUCAGAAAAAUCCUGAUGUUUCAUAUGAGGACCUUCUCAAUAAAAUUGAGACAACUGUUCCUCCUGCAGGACUAAACUUUAACUGCUUCACCGAAGACACGCUGCUGCGCCAUGCCCAGUUUGUAGUAGAGCAGGUGGAAAGCUAUGAUGAGGCUGGCGACUCAGAUGAGAAUCCCAUCAUUGUUACUCCCUGCAUGAGGGACCUAAUCAAACUUGCAGGAGUCACGCUGGGAAAAAGGAGAGCUGCCAGACGACAGGCUAUCCGCCACCCAACAAAGAUAGAGAAGGACAGUAAGGGACCAACUAAAGCAACUACAACCAAGCUGGUCUAUCAGAUCUUCGAUACCUUCUUCUCCGACCAGAUUGAGCAGGAUGAUAAGGAUGGUGGAAUCAAAAGACAGCGCUGUGGUGUCUGUGAGGUUUGCCAAUCUGCUGACUGUGGCAAGUGUACAGCUUGCAAAGACAUGAUCAAAUUUGGUGGAAGUGGCAAAAGCAAGCAAGCUUGCAAACAAAGAAGAUGCCCAAACCUUGCUGUGAAAGAGGCCGAAGAUGAUGAAAAUGUUGUGGAAGAUGUUCCAGAGGAGAAAACCAAAAAAAUUGCUCCUACCAAAAGAAAGAAGCAGAACAAGUGCAAACUUUCCUGGAUUGGAGAGCCUGUUCAGUCUGAGGGGAAGAAGCAUUUCUACCAGAAAGUCUCUGUGAAUGAAGAAGUGGUGGAAGUGGGUGACUGUGUCUCGGUUUCAUCAGAGGAUCCAUCUAUUCCUCUGUAUCUGGCAAGGAUCACUGCUCUGUGGGAGGACAACAAUGGAAAGAUGUUCCAUGCCCACUGGUUCCUUCGUGGGACUCACACAGUUCUUGGAGAGUCCUCGGAUCCACUGGAGCUCGUCAUAGUGGAUGAAUGUGAGGACAUGCUGCUCAAUUACGUUGAUGGAAAAGUGAACGUUAUGUACAAGGCUCCUUCUGACAACUGGUUCAUGGAGGGUGGAGUGGAUGACGACCUCAAAGUGAUUGAGGACGAUGGUAAAAGUUUUUUCUAUCAGUUCUGUUAUGAUACAGACUAUGCCCGAUUUGAGACUCCUCCUAAGACUUCUACACCAGAAGAACAGAAGCACAGGUUCUGUGCCAGCUGUUGUCGCACUAAAGAGAGAGAGAAGCGGGAAGCACCUCACGCAUUUGAACCCCUGGAAAAUCAGGACAAUGACAGCAAAGCUCUUUAUGCUUUGGCCUGCUUUAAGGGACAACAGUUCAGGGUAGGAAACAGUGUCUACCUGCCCCCUGAAGCGUUUCAUUUUACAGUGAAGCCAGCAAGUCCAGUGAAGCGCUCUCACAGGAAAGAGGAUGUGGAUGAAGAUCUGUAUCCGGAGUAUUACAGGAAGUCCUCAGACUACAUUAAGGGAUCCAACCUUAACGCUCCAGAACCUUUCCGUGUCGGACGCAUCAAGGAGAUCUUCUGCCACCGACGUAGUAACGGGAGACCUGACUCUACCGAGGUCAAACUGCGACUCUACAAGUUCUACAGGCCUGAAAACACCCACAAAGGUGUCAAAGCCAGUUACCACACAGACAUAAACCAGCUGUACUGGAGCGAUGAAGAAGUGACCGUCAGCAUGUCUGAGGUUCUCGGUCGCUGUCAAGUAGAAUAUGCUGAAGACCUGAUUGAAUCCGUCCAGGACUACUCCAGUGGCGGACCAGACCGCUUCUACUUCCUUGAGGCUUACAAUGCAAAAUCAAAAAGCUAUGAAGAUCCUCCUAAUCACGCUCGCUCUGCUGUUAAUAAAGGCAAAGGAAAGGGUAAAGGAAAAGGUAAAGGCAAAGGAAAGGCUGCACAGGAAUCGCAGGACUCAAACCUUGAACCCCAGGAGCCCAAAGUGCCUAAAUAUCGCACACUUGAUGUGUUCUCUGGCUGCGGUGGACUUUCUGAGGGCUUCCACCAGGCUGGUGUCUCUGAGACUGAAUGGGCUAUAGAGAUGUGGGAGCCUGCAGCGCAGGCCUUCAGACUCAACAACCCAGGCACCACUGUGUUCACAGAGGACUGCAAUGUCUUACUGAAGCUGGUCAUGUCUGGAGAGAAGACGAAUUCUCUUGGCCAGAAGCUGCCUCAGAAAGGAGACGUUGAGAUGUUGUGCGGAGGACCUCCAUGUCAAGGUUUCAGUGGGAUGAACCGCUUCAACUCCCGCACCUAUUCCAAAUUCAAAAACUCCCUUGUGGUCUCCUAUCUCAGUUAUUGUGAUUACUACAGACCCAAGUUUUUCCUGCUUGAGAAUGUGAGGAACUUUGUGUCAUUCAAAAACUCCAUGGUCCUGAAGCUGACUUUGCGCUGUCUCGUGCGAAUGGGUUACCAGUGUACCUUUGGUGUCCUUCAGGCCGGUCAGUAUGGUGUCGCCCAGACCCGCCGUAGGGCAAUCAUCCUGGCUGUUGCUCCGGGAGAGAAGCUGCCCCGCUACCCUGAACCUCUGCACGUGUUUGCCCCCAGAGCUUGCUCACUGAACGUGGUUGUGGAUGAAAAGAAAUACGUCAGUAAUGUUACACGAGGCAAUGGUGGAAUCUACAGAACCAUCACGGUUAGAGACACCAUGUCUGAUCUGCCAGAGAUUCGCAAUGGUGCAAAUGGACUGGAGAUUUCCUACAAUGGGGAGCCUCAGUCCUGGUUCCAGAGGCAGAUCCGAGGCACACAGUAUCAGCCCAUCCUCAGAGACCACAUCUGCAAGGACAUGAGUGCUCUGGUUGAGGGUCGCAUGCGCCACAUCCCCUUGGCUCCGGGCUCUGACUGGAGAGAUCUGCCCAACCUGGAGGUUCGCCUGAGAGAUGGCACCAUGACUAAGAAACUGCGCUACUCGCACCACGAUAAAAAGAACGGCCGCAGCAGCACUGGUGCCCUCAGGGGCGUCUGCACCUGCUCUGGAGGAAAGCCUUGUGACGCAGCGGACAGACAGUUUAACACCCUGAUCCCCUGGUGUCUGCCCCACACCGGAAACCGCCACAAUCACUGGGCUGGACUGUAUGGCAGACUGGAGUGGGAUGGCUUUUUCAGCACAACUGUCACUAAUCCUGAACCUAUGGGCAAACAGGGCCGAGUUCUGCAUCCUGAGCAGCACAGAGUGGUCAGUGUGAGGGAAUGUGCACGCUCACAGGGAUUCCCCGACACCUACCGCUUCUUUGGGAACAUCCUGGACAAACACAGACAGGUUGGAAAUGCCGUUCCUCCUCCACUCUCCAGAGCGAUCGGGAUGGAGAUUAAAAAGUGCGUCUUGGAGACAAUGAAGGAAAAACAGGCAACAGAGAACAUCAAACAAGAGAAGAUGGAAGUUUCUGAUUAAUUGCCUGUUCUUUCCACCAAUAAUCAGUUCUACACAUCCUGAUAUGGAUUUUGGCCCAUUUCUUUUAUUAAGAUGGAUUUUCAACCGGGUCACUAAGUGGCCACUAUUGGUGUUCAAUGUAGUAAUCAUUCCAUGUAGUUUUACCUGUGGUUUUAAUCAUGUUAUUAAAUGCUGUUAUUAAAUGUUUAAUGUGGGAUAAAUUGUAUGUAGUUUUUAUAUGUAAAAUUUCAAAUAAAGCUCUUAUCAAAU